UCCAGCUCUGUCUUCUUGUUAUUCAGUUUUUGCUGCUUUGUUGCAUCGACAAAAGACCAAAAUCAUGAAGGUUUACCUGCUGCUGCUGUUGCUGCUGCCGCUUUGCUCAGCUCAGAAGUUUAACAUCCAGUGUUACGGUCAGGAUUUCCUGAUGGUCAACAAUAUGCUGCUGGACUGCAGCAGUCGGGUUCAACAGGCCUGCUACACCAGAGAUAACGGCGAAAAGGGCUGCACUACGAAAGACAGCUGCUCCAAACCCGGAUGGACCUGUUGCCACACCGACCGCUGCAAUGCUUGAGCCAAUCGCAGCGCAGGAAAUACUGACAUCAUCGAAAAACAUGCUGUGAAAUAAAGUGAGGACUAUGAA